AUUGCUGAAAAUCUGUAGGAACAGCUUUUACAUUGUGGGCCUACGUACUUUUGGCAUCAUAGUGCCACGGACGAUUUUUUAGAACGCAGCAGGGGAACUCGGUCACACCGUACAGCCAAUCGCGAAAAUAUUUGACGUCGUAAUAUGUCCAUUCUCUCUUUCCUUCCAUUAGCUAGCCAGUGUUUUGGCUAAAUGAAAAGUGGUCCAACCAGAGAAAAGUUCCAGUGAUUGCAUCGUUUGAAUUUCUUUCAGACAGUUCGUGUGAGCUGGUCUACAAGAACAUUGGGAGACACGCAGGUGUGAGACCAUGGUGGUGAAUCUCUGCCUACCACAUUUCAAGACCACCAUCCAGUGCGACAAGCUAUGUGCAGAUGGGUAUGACGUCACCAACCUCCUAUCGGCCGACCCAGCUGUCCGGAGGCGGGGUUUUAAGCUGGAGUACUUCCUGCAGCCGCCCGUUCAGGUGACACUGCAGUUUGGCUUCCAGGUGGAAGUGUGUCGGGUGGAUGUGGAGCUGUGGCCCUGGGGCAUGGACCGAGGACAGGCCUGCAAGAGGCUGGAGAUCAGCACCAGCUCUGACCCCCCACUCCCUCACAACCACAGCCUAGAGCAGGGCCAAAUCCAGGCCCAGCAUGGCCAAGAGAAGGACCAGCAUUGGGACCAAGCCAAGGUCCAGUUCAAAGGCCACCAAUGGAGCCUCCAGGCCCAACAAUAUAGUCUACAAGGCCAGGAGAAGAGCCAGCAAUGGACCCAACGUGGCCAAACUCACAGCCACACAGACACCAGCCAGGGGGCUUUCCACCUGGUGGGACGCUGUGAACUAACUGAAGAGACCCACGUCAGUUUUUCCCAUCCCUGUUUCCGCCCGCGCCCUCCUUUCCCCUCCUUGCCCCCAGCCCCCCGUGAGGGGUGUAGACAAGAGGAGCUGUGGAGCAGGGGCCCGCUCUCAUUAGGCUCUGUGAAGCAGCUCCGUGUGACGGUGCCGUACGGUGCGGGUGCCUCCGCGAUGGGGCUCAAGGCACUGGCAGUGUGGGGGCUGCCUUCUCGCUGCUGCCCUCCGGAGGAGGUGGAGAGGGUGAGGAUAACACAUGAGAACGCUAGCCUGAGACCAGCGCCACGGCUCAGCCACUUGGCAUCAGCUCAGCCUUCACCUGUCAAUCAACCACAGCCACUGUCACAGACGACAACAGUAACUAGCCUCCUGCAAGUCCCUGAGGAGUUCCUGGAUCCCCUGACCCAGGAAGUGAUGUUGUUGCCCAUGCUGCUACCCAGCGGAGUGUCUGUGGACAGCUCUACUCUGGAGGAGUACCAGAGGAGGGAGGCUACCUGGGGUCGCGUCCCCAACGACCCCUUCACCGGUGUUCCCUUCAUCCCUGAGGCACAGGCCCUCCCCAACCCCCACCUGAAGAGCCGCAUCGACCGCUUCCUGCUCCAGACAGGGUUAGAGGUCAGGGAGGGAGCGGUUGGGAGGCAGGGCCAGGGGGAAAGUCCACACCCCUCCAGACUCAUACCCCCACAGAGGACUGGAGAGAGUAGGGACUCUGCUGUCACCACUGCUGCUGCUGUAGAGUCAGCCAACCACCAUGGGGCACUUAGCAGAAACAGUGGGACUCGCACACAGACUACCCAAAAAGGGGCAGAACGUGUUAUUACACAGAGGAGCCAGCUUACGCAGCACAGGGGGACCGGAGCUUUUAACAACAGGGCGAAGAAUGGGAAUGGGAAGGAUCAGUGCGCUGGUAAAGUUGGUCCUAAAGAAGGGGGAGUGGAUAGAGUGAGUUCCCAGGAGGGAGGGCCAGACUUGGGGACUAGGAGGAAGAGAGAGCUGGAGGUUUGGGCCACUCUGAUCCGUUCUAAGGGAAAGGGUGAGCCCACCGGGACCAAAGCAGCCUCUGCUAGUGCUGGUCACUCCAAGGAGCUACUUCCUGACUCGAAAAGACCAAGAACAGACACAAACUCCACUAUCUCCUCAGCCACAGUUCCCAGCGGUAGCUCCCAUGAGCAGCGUUUGUCUGCCAGUCUAGACCAAGAACAGCGUUUGUCUGCCAGUCUAGACCAGGCCCUUCUCUCAGCCCUGCAGGGUCGACCCUCCUUUACCUCCUACCCCUCCCAAACCCCUCAGAUCCAGCACAAACACACAGACACACCUGCUGACACCCCAACAGCUUUUCCUAUUUCUCUCUUCCCCCCCCUUCUCUCCCCACUUCCCUUUCUCUCUCUCCCAGGUGAGAACAGGUGUGGUUCGUGUUCCUGCUCUCUGUCAGUCUACUCAACCUCUCCAUCAGCAUACCGCCUGCCCUGUGGUCACUUCCUGUGCCGCCCCUGCCUACACAGGAAGUCCCGCCCACUUGUCACUACAGCAAUGCCCAAUCACAUCCUCUGUCCCACCUGCCAUAGCCCUGCCUCUUCCAGUGACAUCACACACGUGCAUCACUGAACGGAAAAUGCGUGUGGCAUUAACCACUGAACGGGCUACGGUGGCAGGUAGCCUAGCGGUUAAGAGCGUUGGGCCAGUAACCGAAAGGUUGCUGGUUCGUAUCCCCGAGCCGAC